GGCAAUUGCUCUUUUGCCGCCACGACGAUGGGCCUCGCUAGACGUAAAGUCAAGCAACGGAUUGACGCAGACCCCAGAAAUCUAACCUGGGCUGACGAUGCUUCCAAGUUUGGUGCUACAUAUUUGGCGAAGUUCGGAUGGUCGUCUUCGCAAGGCCUAGGUGUCUCUGGUGAAGGGAGGACCUCGCAUAUCAAAGUUAGUCAAAAGCUGGACAUGCUCGGUAUUGGAGCGGCACAGUCAAAGGAUCCAAACGGUAUCGCAUGGAAACAAAACAGGGAAUUUGAAAAUUUGUUGAAACGAUUGAAUGCCAACAAUGGUGCCGCUCAAACUCAGGCUGAUGAGGCUACUCCGGAACAUGAGGAAGAGAAGGAUGAAGACAAGAAAGAAUCCAAAAAAGAACGGAAAAAGAGAAAAAGAGAGGAGGGGACGGACGAGAAGAAGAAAAAAAGGAAAACUUCCAAGGAUGAAACCAGAGAAGAGGCCAAAGAGGAUCUCAUACCGACAGAAACUCCUGUGCCAAAGGCGCCCAUAGUGCCUCGUCAUCGUGCACACCGAGCAAGACAUAUUGCUGCAAAGAGGAUGGCCUCGAAAUCAGCUUCAGCAAUCUCUGAAAUCCUCGGAAUAUCCUCUACAUCUACCUCUUCUGCCACCACCGCUGUUGCGACUCCUACGGGAAGCCUUACACCCAUCGACUCAGAGCCAACAUUAGAGAAGCUUACAAUUUCCACGAAAAGCGUGUCGGACUAUUUCCUAGAACGGUUAUCAACGAGAACGUCGGGAAUCACAGCCGCUUCAACGCGUACUUCCGCCGCAACGCACGAAAACACAGCGCGAGGCGGUCUUGGAUCUUUACGCCGCACGAGCAACGACGGAAGCGAUGACGAAGACCGUACUCCAAGAGGAGGACUAGGCGCCAAUCAAGCGCAGUUCCACAAUUCAGAUAGAAGAGCCAAACCAGGCUAAAGGAAUGAAACUGGAAAAGGGGGAAAGAAAGGAGAAACGAAAAGAUAGAGAGAAACGGAUUGAGGGUGGGAAAGAUACCACCGAGGUUGCCCGAGUUGCUAAGGAGGAAAAGAAGAAAAGAAAGGAAGAGCGUCGCAGAGCAAGAGCGUAGUGUGUAUGUUUACGUAAUUCACCAAAUUAGGGUUACCGAGUCUCCACAACACGGUUUCCACAACU